GCGUCAUGGCCCCAGCGUUGGCAGCUCGGAGCGCAGCGAACCAGGCGCACAACCGCGCCGUCAUCAUGAAGCUCGCGCUCUUCACAGUGCUCAUGUUCCUUGUGCCGAUUGCGACCUACUACUUCCUGCACAACACGCUCCUCGUUGGCUACGAGAACCGCACCAUGUGGAGCGGCUUUGGGGCCAUUGGCAUGGUCAACGUCGUCAUCGUAGUCUACAUCCUCGAGGCGUUCCGCGAAGACGCCGCUGCGACCAGCAAGGAGACAGUGCCCGCCGUCGGCAAGUUCAAGAAGCAGUAGAUGCCAGUGGUUGAUGAUAUCUCAAGAGUCUACUAUGUGUAUCGCA